UGACGAUCCGAUAGUUUUUUGUUAUUGCGACGGAUAAACAAAGUCUACAUUUAUUUACUAUUUCUGAUACAAAAUUAAUAAAGCAAGACUUACAUUUAUAUAUUUGUUUUUUUUUUGUUUUUACCGGUGGUGUGAACAAUUUCCUAAGUAAAUAUAAGUAGUUAAGGACAUGAGUAUAAACUGGAUAAAGAUCACGGAAAGAGCCCGCGAGGGCAUCAAAAUCAUAAAUGCCCUGCCGUACGACACUUUCACCACAGUUUUGUGGUACACCCACCGGCAGAUGAGUCCCAGUGGAGCGUCUGGAGCGGCGACUAGUGCCACCAGUACGGUGGGCACCAGUGUCACGACCACCGGACGGGCGGACAGCAGUACCGAGGAGAAUCCCACCAGCAGCAGCGAGCCGGAGUACACCCUGGAGGAGCUGGAGCGACUGGUGGGCGUGCCGCGGUCUGACUUCCUGCUGCUGAUCAAGACCUUCUCCUACAUCCUGCGACGCAUCUCCACGUUCAUCAUCAAGCCCAGUCUGCUGCAGCGUGAGCUUCGCGAGAAACUCCAGCUGGAGGAUGAGGCCAAGAUCGAUGCCAUAUUGCGUCUGUGGGUGCGCGAGACGACGCCCAUUAUGAACAAUCUGGCCAGCAAGCGGUACGAAUCGAAUGUCAUCGAGGAUGUGGCCUGGAAGCUCAAUUUGGAGGUGUCCUCGCACUGCCAGCAACGGGAGAAGACACCGCUGGGCGUACUCCAGAUGAAAACGGGCGCUGGAGAGGAUAUCAACAUCGAGAUGACCCAUCCGGAACUAUUGGAGCUGUACAACCAGUUCGAGAACAUCCAGGGCGAGCUGGACGCCAUGCUAGCCAUGAAGGCUCAAGAUGCGGCAGUGACAGUUCCUGGCAAUCAGUAGUGGGACGCCAUGAAACACUUUCAGUGCCAAUUUAGUUGAUAAUCUAAUACCUGUUCAGAAAUAUGGACCUAAAAGUAUGCAAUACUAACACGAUAGUAGCCAAAUAUUAAACGCAUUUUAAAACAAA